GCCCACUUCAUCCAACAGGUUGCAACCAAUUUGAUCGAAAAUUGCUUGUUGUUCGGUAAUUAUCCGCGAGAUUGAGCAAUAAGAAAAUGAAAGAACCUGUGGACGACCAGGUUCCUAAAAGAAUCCGGCAUCUACAGUUUUGUUUGAGCGGACCAAAGGAGUUUGUUAAAGAUGCAGUUGUUGAAGUCUCAACCCGUGAUUUAUACACGAUGACUGAGAGAAAACCUGUAGAGCACGGUGCUCUUGAUCGUCGUAUGGGUACAACUGACAGAAAUGCUGUUUGUGCAACAUGCGGUGAAGGAGUCGCAGACUGUAUCGGUCACUUUGGUCAUGUCAGACUUGCUUUGCCAGUGUUUAACAUUGGUUACUUCAAAACAACUCUUACUAUCUUGCAAAAUAUCUGUAAGGAUUGUGCUACAGUCCUCGUUUCUCAACGGGAAAAACAAAAUUUUCUGAAAGAGCUGCGGAAACCCGGCAUCGACAACUUAAGAAGAACACAGAUAUGCAAGAGACUAAACGAUGCUUGCAAAAAAGUUCGAGUUUGUCCUUACUGCAACAAAACUCAGGGUGUAGUAAAAAAGGCGGGUCCUUUAAAGAUUAUUCAUGAACGUUUUCGCUUUAAUAGGAAAAUGCAAGAAGAGGGGGGUGAAUUUCGGCAGUCCUUUGAUCAAGCUCUCAAAGCUAUGCCUGACCUAAGGCCACAUCUGCACAAAGCCCAUGAUGAUCUAAAUCCACUAAGAGUUCUAAAUCUUUUCAAACAAAUUACACCGAUGGAUUGUGAGUUGCUGGGAAUGGAUCCUGAAAAAGGUCGCCCGGAGAACCUGUUAUGGCAGUAUAUGCCUGCCCCACCUGUUACAAUUAGACCUACUGUCGCUCAAGAGGGAGCGACUACAGAGGAUGAUAUUACCAUCAAACUUACCGAGAUUGUUUGGACGAGUUCACUCAUACGCGCUGCUCUUAAUAAAGGCACGCCAAUUAACAGCUUGAUGGAACAAUGGGAGUUCCUACAGCUAUCCGUGGCCUUGUACAUUAAUAGUGAACUUCCUGGUUUACGACCUCCGGACAUGCCGUCAAAGCCUACUCGUGGUUUCUGUCAGCGUCUUAAAGGUAAACAAGGUCGUUUUCGUGGAAACCUUUCGGGAAAGCGUGUUGACUUUUCCGGGCGUACCGUUAUUUCGCCUGAUCCGAAUUUACAGAUUGAUCAGGUUGCGGUUCCUUUGCGUAUUGCGAAAAUUUUAACGUAUCCUGAGAAGGUUACAGAUCAAAACAUUGACGCACUUCGUACUCGUGUAACAAAUGGACCUGACGUUCAUCCUGGUGCGAAUUAUGUGGUAGAUCGUGAUACUGGUAUCAAACGUUUUCUACGUUUUGGAAAUAGAAAACGUAUCGCCGAAGAGCUGCAUGUUGGUGAUACAGUUGAACGCCAUUUGCAAGACAAUGAUGUCGUUUUAUUCAAUCGUCAACCUUCUCUCCACAAACUUUCUAUUAUGGCUCACUUGGUAAAAGUUAGACCUUGGCGUACGCUUCGUUUUAACGAAUGUGUAUGCGGACCAUACAAUGCGGAUUUUGACGGCGAUGAAAUGAACCUUCAUGUGCCGCAGACCGAAGAGGCACGCACUGAGGCACUUGAACUCAUGGGUAUUAAGAACAACUUGGUAACUCCUAGAAACGGUGAACCAAUUAUUGCAGCGACACAAGAUUUUAUUACUGCUUCUUAUCUUUUGUCGUUAAAGGAUUGCUUUUUGGACCGUAAAACAUUUUGUAAUUUGUGUUGCUUCAUGGUUGAUGCUUCUGUCCAUAUUGAUAUUCCUCCUCCUGCUAUCUUAAAACCGCGCUGCCUUUGGACCGGAAAACAACUAUUUGGUGUACUUAUGCGCCCAAACCAUCUGUCACCGGUAAUGGUCAAUCUCGCCGCAAAUACGCGCUCCAUAGCAAAAGGAAAGUGCAGUCCUCCUGAGAUGUGUCCGAAUGACGGCUACUUGUUGAUACAGAACAGUGAGCUGUUAGCAGGUGUGGUCGAUAAGUCCAUCGUUGGUGAUGGUAAGAAAAAUUCAUUAUUUUAUGUCAUUCUUCGUGACUACGGUCCCAUAGAGGCAGCUGCGACAAUGAAUCGUUUAGCCAAGCUUUGUGCGAGAUAUUUAGGCAAUCGCGGAUUUUCGAUUGGCAUUAAUGAUGUGCAACCCGGUCAAAGGUUGUAUCAUACGAAAGAAGCACUCGUUGAGAAAGCAUACAGCGUCUCGGAUGAUUUGAUCAUGCAAUAUGCUAAGGGUACUCUUGAAUGUCAGCCUGGUAUGAACCAAGAAGCUACACUUGAAUCAAAAAUUUCUAGCACACUUUCAAAGGUCCGUGAUGAUGUUGGUGAAACGUGUAUGAAAGAGCUGGGUUCAAGAAAUGCUCCAUUAAUUAUGGCUACGUGUGGUUCAAAGGGUUCUAAAAUUAACGUCUCUCAAAUGGUUGCUUGUGUCGGUCAGCAAAUUAUUAGUGGAAAACGUGUUCCUGAUGGCUUCCAAGAUCGGUCUCUCCCUCACUUUAGGAAAAAUUCGAAGCAUCCACUCGCAAAGGGAUUCGUUAGUAACAGCUUCUACACUGGUCUUACACCUACGGAAUUCCUCUUCCAUGCUAUUUCUGGUCGCGAAGGUUUGGUUGAUACUGCUGUUAAGACGGCCGAAACUGGUUAUAUGUCUCGGCGUCUUAUGAAAUCCCUUGAAGAUCUUACAUCUGCGUACGAUGGCACCGUGCGUAGCUCAAAUAGCUCCAUUGUACAGUUUACCUACGGUGAUGAUGGUUUGGAUCCUACUUAUCUCGAAGGUGAUGGAACUCCUGUUGCGUUUGAACGCUGCUGGAGUCACAGCAGUAAUAUAACUUACAACGAAGACGAUAGUGGCCUUUUGCCCUAUAAGAUCAUUGAAGAAACUGAAUCCAUAUUAUCUUCACGGAAAUUUACAGCAAAUUGCACAGAAAACUUUAUUGAGUCAGUUCGGACUUUCGUAAUUGAGAGACUAGCCAAAAAAUUGGCCCAGGUUAGAGCAAAUAGACAACUGGCUCCUAAAUUGGAAAGACCUUCAGAAGACGAUUUUGAUGACUUUGAAAAUGACGAUUUUGCGCCAUUGGCUGCUAGAAAAUCAGUUGAUAAUGUUUUGAGAGUGUCUAAAAAGCAACUAUAUACGUUCUUGCAAUUCUGCUGGGAAAAAUACAUGAAGGCCAAGGUUGAACCAGGUACCGCAGUCGGUGCUGUUGGUGCACAUUCUAUCGGUGAACCAGGCACCCAAAUGACCUUAAAAACAUUCCAUUUUGCAGGUGUCGCUGCUCAAACUACACUCGGUGUUCCCCGUAUCAAAGAAAUUAUUAACGCAGCUAAAACAAUCAGUACACCUAUCAUUUAUGGCGCGCUUGUCAAUGAUCAGGAUGUCCGCUCUGCCCGUGUUGUCAAGGGCAGAAUUGAAAAAACAUAUCUAAAAGACGUUAUUUCUUCCUUGGAAGAAAUAUUUGGUCCCACUAACACAUAUAUUUCGGUCCACGUCAAUUUCGAUACUAUUCGGAAAUUGCAACUUGAUUUGACAUUAGCAGAUAUUGCUUCGGCUAUUUGGACUGCACCAAAACUUAAAAUUCCCAUGCAGCAAGUCACCGUUCACGACUCCGCAAACGAGAUUCGUGUGCAUGUCACGCCCGACACAAAAGAUUUUGAAAAUUCAAGUGUCUAUUACCGCUUGCAAACCUAUAAACGGGCGCUUCCCAAUGUUGUUGUUUCGGGUAUCCCGAAAACUUCCCGUGCUAUUAUUUUACAGGAGGGUGAAAAGAAGCAGCUUGUUGUUGAGGGUUAUGGCCUUCGUGAAGUUAUGAAUACAGAAGGCAUUGUCGGCAGCAAAACGUUCACGAAUCACGUAAUGGAAAUGAAUGCUGUGCUUGGUAUUGAAGCAGCUCGUCAAUCCAUUAUAUACGAAAUCGACAGUACCAUGAGAAACCACGGCCUUACUGUCGACCCUCGUCAUAUUAUGUUGCUGGGCGACGUAAUGACCUGCAAAGGUGAAGUUCUCGGUAUCACUAGAUUUGGAGUUGCCAAAAUGAAAGACAGUGUACUGUCACUAGCAUCUUUUGAAAAAACAACAGAUCAUCUUUUCGAUGCUGCUGCACGUUUUGCUAAGGACUCUAUUGAAGGAAUUAGUGAAUGCAUUGUGCUUGGUAAACUGGCACCAAUCGGUACUAAUGUGUUCCAGCUUAUCCGAACAACAGAAGAGUCUCACGACCAGGAGCCUAAGAAAUUGUUGUUUGACAACCCAACAUUGCCUUCUUUACAGGUCGAAAGUUAGAUGGCUUGUUUCCGACUUUUCCCGCGACAUUCCUUUUUGAAACAUAAAGUUACUCUAUUGAGGUGAUUCAAUUGACGAUGUCAUUGUUAUUUUUUAUUUUUUUUUGAAAAUGGGUAAACGGUAAAUUGGUUAUUCUUUUUGAAUGUAAGUAGAUCAUUAAUGGAUCCGUUAUUUACAUAAAUGCUGGAAUGAUAAUAAAAUAUGAGCGGGCUGUACAAUUGUGAAUGACGAUGAUUAGAAAUUCAGGAAAAACUCGAUAAUAACAAAUUUUAUUAACUAUGAAUGUCUAGUAUCUCAAGUUGUAAUUAAGUUUCAACUUGUGUUUAGUAGAUUUGUUAAUUGAACAUAUUAAUUGAAAUAGGACUUAAAAUUAAUUGUGCAG